GACCAAACUAGCAGCUUCCUCUGAGUGAGUCCAGCUGCAGGAGGGAAAAGUGGAAACCUCCAGCUCUGCUGCUUCAAGCUGCUCACACUGAAGCUUCACUCAGAGACAAAAUGGCUUCCAGAUCAGAGGAGGAUCUCUGCUGUCCGGUCUGUCAGGACGUCUUUACGGAUCCGGUUGUUCUGUCAUGUAGCCACAGCUUCUGUAAGGAGUGUCUGAAGAACUGGUGGAGAGAGGAACCAGCAAGAGAGUGUCCAGUUUGUAAGACCAUAUCAUUCACCAAAGAUCCUCCUCGUAAUCUGGCUCUGAAGAACCUGUGUGAAUCAUUCCUACAGCAGAGAGACCAGAGAAUCCCAACGGAUCUCUGCUCUCUGCACUCUGAGAAACUCAAACUCUUCUGUCUGAACCAUCAAGAACCAAUUUGCUCCAUCUGUAGUCAUUCAGAAAAACACACCAACCACAGAUUCAGACCAAUCCGGGAAGCUGCUCAGGAUCACAGAGAGAAUCUGAAAACAUCUCUGGAGUUUUUAAAGAAGAAGCUGGAGCUCAGAAAGAAAGUUAAAAAGAAGUUUGAUCAGACAGCAGAACACCUGAAGGUCCAGGCCCGACACACAGAGAGGCAGAUUGUUGAGCAGUUUAAGAAACUUCAUCAGUUUCUGACAGAGGAAGAGGAGGCCAGGCUGGCUGCACUGAGGGAGGAAGCGAAGCAGAAGAGAGGGAUGAUGAAGGAGAAGAUGGAGGCUCUGAGCAGAGAGAUAGCAGCUCUUUCAGACACAGUCAGAGCCACAGAAGCGGAGCUGAGAGCUGCAGAUGUCUCAUUCCUGCACAACUACAAGGCUGCAGUGGAAAGAGUCCAGCGCUGCCCCCUGCUGGAGGAUCCACAGCUGCCCUCAGGAGCUCUGAUAGACCAGGCCAAACAUCUGGGCAACCUGGCCUUCAACAUCUGGAGCAACAUGGAGACCAUGGUGACCUACACUCCUCUGGUUCUGGACCCAAACACGGCUGGGUCAAAGGUCAUCCUGUCUGAAGAUUUGACCAGUUUGACUUCAGGACACGAACAGCAGUUUCCUAAUAAUCCAGAGAGGUUUAAGUCACGGUCUGUCCUGAGCUCUGAGGGUUUUAACUCAGGGAACCACAGCUGGGAUGUUGAUGUUGGAGACAAUGAAGACUGGGGACUUGGUCUGUUGGCUGAGUCUGUCCAGAGGAAGGGGAAAAUACAGUCUGGAUUGCUGGCUAUUAGAUUCUGUAAAGGUAAAUAUUCAGCAGUGUCUCCACCAGCAGCUGCUAAAGUUAUCUCAAUAAAAAAGAAACUCCAGAGGAUCAGAGUGAAUCUGGACUGGGAACGAGGAAAGCUGACGUUCUCCGAUCUGGAUACCAACACUCCUGUUCAUACCUUCAAACGCACCUUCACUGACAAGAUGUUUCCAUACAUCGCUACUGCAGAUAGGCUACAAUUCUUACCGAUGAAGAUCUCAGCUGUGAUGUUCUUAGCAUGAAGAAAAACAACGUCGGAGUGAAACCUUUGUAAUCAGAUUC